AGAAAUUUUUCUGCGAAAUGGCCAUUCCGACAGAGUGAAAUGGCUCUCUCGACUCACUGAGUCUCGACUAGCACUGGCUCGCCGGCGACCGGAAUCGUCCGAAAUGGACACGCACUCUGCUCACCUGGCCGCCCAGAACCGCUCCCGCAGCUCCCAGACCCCUUCCCCUUCCCACUCCGCCGCCUCCGCCUCCGCCACAUCCUCCAUCCACCUCAAGCGCAAGCUCUCCGCCGCCAACGCCGCCGCCUCCGAGGACCAUGCCCCACCCUUUCCCCCCUCCUCCAUCUCCGCCGACACCCGGGACGGCGCCCUUACCUCCAACGACGACCUCGAGAGCAUCUCCGCCCGCGGCGGCGUUGGCGACUCGGACUCGGAGUCGGAUGUGGACGCCGCCAUGGACGACGACGAGGAGGACUUCGACAACGACAACAACGGCGGGUCCUCCAUCCGCACGUUCACCGUCGCUCGGCUCGAGAGCGCUGCAGCCUCGGGGCGGAACCCGAAGAUCAAGUCAGAGAACCCUGCGGUGAAGCUCGAGAAGGAGGAUGGUGCGAAGGACGGCGGUUCUGCCGCUGGAGCAGCUCCGGCUGGGCAAGCUGCUGCUGCUGCUGCGAGCUCGGGCCCCGGAAUUGGGGCCAAGGAUGAUGACGUGAAUGUAUUCACCGAGAAUAUACAGACCAGUGGAGCUUAUAGUGCCAGAGAGGAGUGUUUGAAGAGAGAGGAGGAAGCGGGAAAACUCAAGUUCGCAUGCUAUUCAAAUGAUGGUGUGGACGAGCAUAUGAUUUGGCUAAUAGGAUUGAAGAAUAUAUUUGGCAGGCAACUUCCCAACAUGCCAAAAGAAUAUAUUGUUCGUCUUGUUAUGGAUAGAAGCCACAAGUCAGUGAUGGUAAUUAGACGUAAUCAUGUUGUUGGUGGUAUCACAUAUCGUCCAUAUCCCAGUCAAAAGUUUGGAGAGAUAGCAUUUUGUGCUAUCACAGCAGAUGAGCAAGUAAAAGGUUACGGAACAAGGUUGAUGAACCACUUAAAACAGCAUGCCCGUGACGUUGAUGGUCUAACUCAUUUUCUGACUUAUGCUGAUAAUAAUGCAGUCGGUUACUUCAUCAAGCAGGGUUUCACAAAGGAGAUUCACCUGGAAAAAGAAAGAUGGCAAGGCUAUAUCAAAGACUAUGAUGGGGGAAUUCUAAUGGAAUGCAAGAUUGAUCCCAAACUUCCAUAUACUGAUUUAUCAACUAUGAUUCGGCGUCAAAGGCAGGUGAUUGAUGAAAAAAUAAGGGAAUUCUCUAACUGCCACUAUGUAUAUUCUGGAAUUGAAGUUAAGAAGAAUGAUGCUGGGAUUCUGCAGGAAUCACUCAAAGUAGAGGAUAUCAAAGGCUUGAGAGACGCUGGGUGGACUCCUGAUCAAUGGGGUUAUUCAAGGUUCAGAUCCUUAAGUUCUUCCGGAGAGGGUGCCCUUAACCAGAAGCGCUUAACUGCUUUCAUGCGCUCGCUUCUCAAGUCAAUGCAUGACCACGUUGAUGCUUGGCCGUUCAGGGAGCCAGUAGAUCGUCGUGAUGUUCCUGACUAUUAUGACAUCAUUAAAGAUCCUAUGGAUUUGAAAACAAUGUCGAAGAGAGUAGAGUCAGAGCGGUAUUAUGUGACGCUUGAGAUGUUCAUAGCAGAUGUCAAGAGGAUGUUUGCUAAUGCACGGACUUACAACUCUCCCGAGACCAUCUACUACAAAUGCGCAACAAGGCUGGAAGCACACUUCCAGAGCAAGGUUCAGUCAGGUCUUCAAUCGGCUACCGGUAAAAUUCAGUCGUAGAGCCGACAUGGUGAGUUAUACCAAUGGUGGGAGGAUAUAGUUACUGUAUCAUUAUUGGCUUGAAAGCUCUAGGAAGAAAUAGUCAACCUUGUACCUACACAAUUCGGUGAUCAUGUUGUAUAUCUAUAGGUGGUAUUGCAUUUUCAUUAUUUCUAGACUAUAUUUCGCUGGUCGUCAGCCUUGUCGAAGUCGCAUCCGAUGGAUAGACCAAAUGGUUGAGGGUUAUAUUCGAGCUGUUGUUGAUUAUAGCUGUACGGUUGUGCUCCAUUUGUAUCGACUAAUGCUUUAACCGAACACACUCUCCUUGUAUCGCAUGUCUAUGAAUCUUACUGUAGCAAUGUAUUGGUAUGGCUGUAUGAAAGUUUUGAGUCAGUGAGGGUCAGUUCCGUGCACUUGGUUGAAGGGGUUGACUAUCCCAACAGCAAUAGAAACAUUUUCGAUGGCCGUGCAGUUGCCCAGAUGCAGCUUUAUAGAUACAUUUCGAAUCUUUGUUUACGGGGGAAGGCCAAGGAGAUAGAUAGAGAGAGAGAUGGUUAUGUCAUGCCAUGUCUUAAACCGACUCUAUACGAGGAGAGCUCGUAGUUAGGGCUUGGGACAUCCUAAAUAAAUGUUUCGAUGCGGUAUGGCAAUGAGUUGCCUUUAUA